AAACACGAAAAAAAAAAACCAAAUCUUAUCACUCUAAAGAAUCUUUAUCAUGGCCUCAGUAACCUCAGCCACCGUCGCAAUCCCAUCUUUCACCGGUCUUAAAGCCUCAACCAUCAAAUCCUCUGCCACCGUCAGAAUCCAGACUGCUGCUGUUGCAUCACCGAAGCUCACAGUAAAGUCAUCUCUAAAGAACUUUGGAGUCGCGGCCGUAGCGGCUGCAGCUUCAAUUGCUUUGGCCGGAAACGCCAUGGCAAUAGAGGUUCUAUUGGGAGGAGGAGAUGGUUCGUUAGCUUUUGUUCCCAACGACUUCUCUGUAGCGAAAGGAGAGAAGAUUGUGUUCAAGAACAAUGCUGGAUUCCCACACAAUGUUGUGUUCGAUGAAGACGAGAUCCCAAGUGGCGUCGAUGUGGCCAAGAUCUCGAUGGACGAGCAAGAUCUACUUAAUAGUGCGGGAGAGACGUACGAGGUUGCUUUGACAGAGCCUGGGACUUACAGCUUCUACUGUGCGCCACAUCAGGGUGCUGGUAUGGUCGGUAAAGUCACCGUUAACUAAAAUGUGUUUGUGAGUAAGUGAGGGAGUCUCGGACACCAAGUAGAGGCUCUUCUUUCACAUUCUUACAUUAUUACAUAAAGUGUUUUGUAAUUCUAAAAGAGUGUUGAAUCGAAUGGACCGUGAUUUGCUGUAAUGUGACUGGUUCCAUAAAUGACUUUUCUUGGUUUAUAAAUUAUAUGUAGUUUU